UUAUCAGCUGAUUUUGUUGAUGGUCGUUGGUGAGAGUGGGUGACGCGAAAGGAAUUGAGGAGUUUUUGUUUUUCGACUUUUAUUUCAACUGCAUUUCAAGAUGGACGAGUACCCUGAUCCAGAUGACAUGUUUGAGAUGAUGCAUCAAGAGGAACUGGAGGCCAUGAGAGAGAUGGAAGAUUUUGAUAUAGAAGCAGCUGAAACAGAGGCUGCAACAAUCCCACCAAGCAUCAAAAGAAGUCUAAAAUUCACUAGUCCUGUUCCUUCUACAUUGGCCAGCAAAGAUGAUAAUUCUUCAGCAGUAGGAGUUGUUGGAACAUCCGGAAUUGAUGAGGAUUCAGUUUCCCGUUCUCAAAGGCCCAAAAGACCCAUUAUGGAUGAAUUUGAAGACGAUGUAGCACAAUUCAUAAAUGAAGAUUUCCAAGGAAAUAGAAAGAAGAGGCAAAAACCUUUAGUUCCUAUUGUACAGCCUCCUGUAUUUCAAGAUCCAACUCUUGAUCUUGUUGCCCACGAAGCAGAUAUAUCUUUGAUAGAGCGGAUUGUGGAGAUGAGAAAAAGCCAGCAUGUCAAUGAAUUUUUGGAAACUGCACCAACUUCACUCAGCUUUACCAGGUCUAAUCAUAUAGCUCAUAUCCAUCGUCGAUUACCAGAGGGUGAUUUUCAGGCAAUCACCACAGAGGCAGGUGAACGUUUCUACCUGAAUAAAAUUGAUGAAGAAGAACUAAAUCAGCAGAUAUUAUCCAUAUCUGCUACUCAAAAGACCUUAUGCCUUUUGAGUGUUCCAUAUACUCGACUAAAAGCUCAGGCUGAAGAAGAGCAAAUUCGACAGGGUAGGCGUAAGGCAGAGAAAUUACAGGCUGCAGAGGACUCUGGAUUGGAAUCUGGCAAUGAGGAUGACAAAGACAACGUCAAAGAUUCCUUGUGGGUUGAAGUAUACAAACCCAAGCAUUAUCUUGACCUUCUUAGUGAUGAGUCUACCAAUCGUAUUGUACUGCAGUGGGUGAAGCUGUGGGAUAAAGUGGUCUUUGGGAAAGAAAAUAAACCUCGACAGAAAGAAGAAAAGAAGACUAAAGAGAAAAUUAAAAUGUUUGCCAAGAAAACAGGACCAGAUAUCAUUGCUGAACUCGAUGACCAUGGACGUCCAGCUCAGAAGGCUAUCCUUCUGUGUGGUCCCCCAGGAUUGGGAAAGACAACAUUAGCUCAUAUUAUUGCUCGACAUGCAGGCUAUAAUCCAGUGGAAAUGAAUGCUAGUGAUGAUCGAUCAGUGGAAGUUUUUAGGAAAAACCUUGAAAAUGCAACAUCCAUGAAGGCUGUGAUGGGAGUGGAUAAAAGGCCUAACUGUUUGAUUAUUGAUGAAAUUGAUGGAGCACCUGCU